UGGGCGAAAGAAACCCGGUCCCAGGCACCUGCGACAGGUGGAGCGCCCGGCUCUCGGCCAUGUCCGCGGACGCCUCGGAGCCAGAGUCCGGGCCGGGGUCCGGGCCGGGGUCCGAGCCGGGGUCCGAGCCGGGGUCCGGGCCGGCGUCCGGGCCGGGGUCCGAGUCGGCGUCCGGGCCGGGGUCCGGGCCAGCGUCCGAGCCGGGGUCCGGGCCGGGGUCCGGGCCGGGGUCCGGGCCGGGGUCCGAGUCGGCGUCCGGGCCGGGGUCCGAGUCGGCGUCCGGGCCGGCGUCCGAGCCAGAGUCCGGGCCAGCGUCCGAGCUGGGGUCCGAGUCGGCGUCCGGGCCGGCGUCCGAGCCGGGGUCCGAGUCGGCGUCCGAGCCGGGGUCCGGGCCGGGGUCCGGGCCGGGGUCCGAGCCGGACCAGCUGUGCUCCGAGCACCGAGAGCCUCUGAGCUUGUUCUGCCUCUUCGAGAGACGGCCGGUGUGCGCAGCCUGCGCCAGGUUGGGCGGCCGCUGUCACGGGCACCGCAUCCGCCGGGCGGAGGAGCACGCCGAGGAGCUGCGAAACAAGAUUGUGGACCAGUGUGAGAGGCUGCAGCUACAGAGUGCGGGCAUCACCAAGUAUGUGGCGGAGGUCCUGCAAGGGAAGAACCAGAAAGCAGUGAGCAUGGCUAGUGCGGCGAGGGAGCUGGUUAUCCAGAGGAUGAGCCUGGUGAGGAGCCUGUGUGAGAGUGAGGAACAGCGGCUGCUGGAGCAGGUGCUCGGUGAAGAGGAGCGGGCUCACCAGAGUAUCCUGACUCAGCAGGCACAUUGGACGGAGGCACUGAGAAAGCUGGACACCCUCCGUACCAGCCUGGUGGGCAUGCUCACCCAUCUGGAUGACCUCCAGCUGAUUCAGAAGGAGCAUGAGAUUGUUGAGAGGGCUGAGGAAGCAGAGGGCGUUUUGGAUCCCCAGGAGUCAGAUAAAUUAAGCUUUAACGAGAAGCGUGCUUGGAGCCCACUGCUGACUCAACUCUGGGCAACAUCGGUCUUCGGGUCUCUCUCAGGCAUGGAGGAGGUGCAUAUCAAUGAAAGGACUGUCAGCCCCUUGCUGCAUUUGUCUGAAGAUCGACGGACCCUGACCUUCAGUGCCAAGAAGUCCAAGGCCUGCUCAGAUGACCCCGAACGCUUUGACCACUGGCCUAAUGCCUUGGCUGCCACCACCUUCCAUGCCGGACUCCACGCCUGGAUAGUGAAUGUUCAGCAUAGCUGUGCCUAUAAAGUGGGCGUCGCCUCAGCCCAGCUGCCUCGAAAGGGCUCUGGCAGUGACUGCCGCCUGGGCCACAAUGCCUUCUCCUGGGUCUUCUCCCGCUAUGCUCAAGAGUUCCGUUUCUCACACAAUGGGCAGCACGAGCCUCUGGCGUUGCUUCGGUGCCCAGCACAGCUGGGCGUGCUGCUGGACCUCCAAGCAGGAGAGCUGGUCUUCUGUGAGCCUGCUUCAGGGACGGUGCUUCACAUCCACCGCACGUCUUUCCCUCGACCGCUGCUCCCAGUCUUUGCCGUGGCUGACCAGCUCAUCUCCAUUGUUCACCAGUGGCCACAGUGAGGCCAGAUCCACACCCCUGUCACCCUUACAGGCCAUGCUUCCAGCUAGUGUGCUGUUCCCCCAUGGGAUCUGCUUCAAACUCAGACAUAACCUUUCAGUGUUGAUCAUCUGUGGGAAACCUGUUUCUCUCUUGGCCUUACUCUCCCAAACCCACCGUUCCUUGUGCUCUUCUGAGGAUCUCAUAAAUCUGUGUCUCUGCCAUCCAGCAUGGUUCCUGGUGCACAGUGAGGGAGUAUAUGGCUGGGCAGGUUGAUGACCUGUGAUGUCGUAGUUCCUGGAGUGUCUCUGCAGAGAAGCCUGUGGUGAAGAUUCCCUAGCCUCGCAGCUCAGUAGUUCUUGGUCUUUUUCAUGAUACAGCUUGUGGAGAGAAUAUUUUUCUAGCAUACAAAGGACAACCUGCCAGGAAGCUCUUGGCCAGAAAACAGGCCUGGAAGUGUCAUGCCUUCCUCCCACAUUCUGCCAUGGCGCUAGUAUCCUGUCCCCAGGAAGUGUGCUUGUAGCAGUUGUGGGCAUUUGUCCCAGGCCCUGAGGCUGAGCUGUAGCAUGGACCUGCCUGUGAUAGGGUGAUCCCCCUCUCUGUGCUUCUCUUGGGGAGGAGACCUGGCUGGAGAGCUUCAUACCAGAAGAGCUGAGGGGAAAGGAGGACUAUCCUUAAUGGAUGAAUGUGAGUGUCGUUAGAGGUUUCUGGAUGCUUAGUGAUGUCUUGGCUGUAACUGGCUUCAAGCUGCAAGGCAGCCUUGAGUACAGGCUUAGAAAUAAGUGGGCCGUGGCUCCCCUAGCAGAAAGGUCCUGGAGAUGUUGAACCAAAAGCACGUCUCUUUGCCAUUUCCUCCAUAACGAGCUCAUCUGAGGAUGACAUUUUUGUGAGAACUGGGGAGGAAGCUUGGUGGCAGAGCACCUGGCUAGCAUGCCAAAAGCCCCGAGUUCCAUUCCUAGCACUGCAAACUGAGAAGUAUGAAAACCAGUCAGGGUGGCCACAAGUCCAGCUGGCAAAUAAUCACUGUUCUGCUUCAGUCCCUUACUGCCAUGCAGAAACGGGGUCCCAAGAUGCCUGGGAGGACUAUGGGUUCAUAUGUACAUGUGUGUAAAUACAUGUGUGUAAAUAGGCAUGCAUGUAUGUAAGUGCAUCUUCAGAAGUGCCAUCUCCCCUUUGGAGACAGUCUCCAGUUGGCCGGGAGCUCAUCACCUAGGGGCGAUGGCCAGUGGACCUCAAGGAACUGUCUUGGUCUCCCCGCUGCUGGAUUCCAGGUGCAUAUCACACCACCUGGCAAGUUUAUGUGGGUUUUGAUGAUCACAUUUGGGCUCAUGUUAGUAGUGAGCAAGCAUUUUACCAUUGAACUUUCUCCCUAGUCUUUUUGAUUUUAGUUUUUAAUUUAUUAUUGUGCUUAAUAUGAGGUGGCAUUCGCAUGCCAGGGUGCACAUGCAUAAGUCAUCAGAGGAUAGCUGUGUUGUUGUAGAGUCUCCCCCAUCUCUGUGGUGUAUCCCUGGCUAUCCUGGAACUCGCUCUGUAGACAAGCCUGCCUCUACCUCCUACGUGCUGGGAUUAAGGAUGUGUGCCGCCACCACCUGGCUCCUUUGUUGCUUUUUUACUGUUUCAUACAGCCUAGGCUGGCCUUGAACUCACUAUGUAGCCUCUACCUCUAGAAUGCCAGGGUUACAGACAGUGCCACUGUGUUCAUAUGUGAAAUGUUGUUAGGUUUGUUUACUCACUUAUUCAAAACUCUGGUCAGAUCAAACCACAGGUCUGCUAUCGUCAGCUAACUUUUGUUGAAGGUUUCUGAGACCCUUGUAGCUGGGACCACAGCUCAUGCCUUGUGUUCACUGCCUGACCCUUAGGAGUUACUACUGAGUCAUCAGAUCCAGGGCAGAAAGGUUUCGUCAGUCUGAAGAGCUCUGCCAUUGCCUGGACAUGGGCUCUGUUAAAACAAAACAUCUAGGGACAAAGUCACCCUCUUCCACUAGUAUCCAGAGGCCCCAGGUCAUGCCCUGACAGUGUUCAGCUCACAGUUCGUGGUGGGGCUGUUGCAAACACACCUCUUCCUCUGACUGUCCAGAUAUCACCCAAGCUUUAUUCCCUGAUGAAGUCCCCUCCAGAGUCACUGUUGUGUCAGAGCAUAUAUACUCAUGUUUAUCUCUGCUGAUAGCCCAUGCUAUCCCCUGCGCCCAGCAAUGAACAAGGCAUAGAUUUAUCUAAUAGACAACAUCUGAAUAGGUAAGACAGGAAGGAAAAUUAAAUUGAAAAAAAAAAAAAAA